AAUCUUAAAGAUAAUUUGAAUUUUUCGAUUGUGUAAUUAUAAUUUGCAACAAAUAAUACAGGAGCUCAUGAUAAUCCAACAAUAUUACAAUGGUGGACCGAAGAAGCAUCCGAAAAAGAAAAACGUCAAUUUAUAGAUUAUAUCCGUCGUCCAAUUGAAGGUGAUAAAGAACUAAUCAAUGGUUUAGAAUUGGAAAAACACCUUGAUAAACAUAUUUGUUGGUAUUUCAUACAAAUUCUUUUCCAAUCAGCUGCAAAUGGAGCAAUUGUUCAAAUGCAAGAUCUUUUAAAUAGUUUAACAAGAAUGAAUAUACCAGGAACAGAAUCUGAUAUUGAAUAUGAUGGUCCACAAAAUUGGUCAUGGCGUUUUGAAUGGUCUCAAUUGACAUCCAAUAUUCGAAUCCGAUUAAAAGAAUUAACACAGAUGUAUGGACGGGAUUUAACAUAUGAUAAAACUAUUUCGUCAGAAGAUAUGACUUUAAAAAAUGAUUCGACAUCUCCUUUAUAA